CUUGACGCCCAUCUUGAACAUUGGCAACCGAUUCACAUCCAUUUACAUGCUGAACAUAGCAUGAAGACACAUUAUGUCCUCUGACAGCGAAGGGUCCGAUGAUGCUCACUUCUGGAGUCGUCCGUCUUCACCUCAUGAGACCUUCGACAACGUCGAGGGCGCCGAUGCGAACGGUGAAUGGCAGUCUCGUCAUAUUGGCUAUCAAGUCGACUACCGAGGACAGAUAAUACAUGAAGUCGAUUGGACACCUUGGAAGCGUGCAGAUGGAUCGAGUACGACCUUCGAAAAUGCAGCACUGACACAGAGUGAUAUCGAAGAGUGGGAUGAAGAACUAGCGGAGGAGCGUUUGGUUGCAGCCAAUGCCUCGAUCGUUGUUGCUCCUGGGAAGCACCGAGACCCGCUGUACUCGCUCACCUGGAAUCUUGAUCAAGCGGUCGAGGAGAAGCUUGAGCGCUUGGCGGGCAUAGAACACGAUCCCGCCUCGGGCAGUAACAUGGACGUGGAUGACAUGCGCGCGCCAUCCCCGGUCAGGCCUCCUUCGCCGCGGAGGCGUGCGUCUCGUACUGGCUCGUCGACUCUGGUCAAUUCUUCGAGGUCCACAACGCGCGAUCCGACCUCUCAGUCUCAUAGCAGCCGCUCAAGUACGCUUGCAGGCGGCAGCCGCGUGGUUUCACAGGCCUCUCGCAACAUGUCCUCGAAUAUGGACACGCCUUCCCAACCAACGAGAUCACCCGAACCGCCGACAGGCCGACGAACACGUCCCAAGCCCAGACGUCCUCUUCAGCCAGCUUCGUCCGCGACUCGUCCCGCCCGCGAGGUCGAGAACGAUGUGGGCAUGCAGACAAUCCCAACGACCAGACAGCAGUCGGCUCUAAGCUCCUCGUCGGAAACUCCCUCAACACGCUUCUCCAAUCCUGCGACGCCUCCCAUCAUGGCUGCUAGACCUGUUCAGAGUCGACCGUCCACCACAUCGUCUCAAAGUCGUUCGUCCGGCACACCCGAGGGCCGACCCUCCGCGUCCUCGAGGUCGAAGGGAAAGGGCAAAGCCCGUGCUACGCCCUUGUCCAUCCUCCGUGGCCAGAUCGACGAAGAGGUCGAGCGAAGCGGGGCUGCUACUUUGGACUUCGUCAACGAGUUCGACGAUGAGCAGCUUCCAUUGCUCCCGGAAGGUUUCCGGUAUAAGGAACAGGGAUAUGACCUGGGACCCGGCGUGCGCGAACCAUCCUCAGCCUUCCUUGUCCACUGCAACUGUGCCACGGAAGGUUAUCGCUGCCACCCUCGCAAAUGCGACUGUCAUAGGGUUGUAAAUACGAUCACGAACAAAGCAGGACAACCGAUAUUCGCCUACGACCGUGAGAACAAGUACAGAUUCCCCAACGUCGACGACUCGUUCGAAGUCCUUGAGUGCAAUCAGUUCUGCCCCUGCGAAGGAGACUGCCAGAACCGCGUCGCUCAGUUGCCGCGCAAGAUUCCCAUCGAGAUAUUCCGAACGCCAAAUCGCGGCUGGGGUGUACGCAGCCCUCAACCGAUGAAGGCCGGCACGAUUGUUGGAACUUUUUCAGGGUUAUUGAUCAAGCGCGAAGCCGCUGAGAACGUCCCUGACGAGCAGCGAAGCUACUGCUUUGACCUGCGCGGCGCGACCGGAAGUUCGCAUCCGGAGUAUACUGUCAACGCCUGGAUGACGGGCAAUUGGAGCCGAUUCCUCAACCACUCGUGUGAGCCGAAUCUUGAUACGUAUCACGUCGUCUGGGACACGGUACCGGAGGAGAAUCGCCCUUACAUCGCCUUCGUCGCCAAUACGGACAUCUGCGCAGGCCUCGAGCUCACCCUUGAUUACCACCCCGAGCUCGCUCACAACGACGGCGGGCAAGCCAAAAAGAAGCGGAAAAAGGUAGCUGAAGACGCCAUGAUUGAGUGUGACUGCGGGUCGACCAAUUGUCGUGGGUGGAUACCAGGAUAGUGGACUUCUUGGUAUCCUCGGAGGAUAGUUAUGGACGUUUAUUUUCUUGGAUACAGCAUUGUUUUGUCCGUAAGGCGCAACCAGGCGCAGAAGUGUACAGAACAGAAGGGUACCGAGCUCAGACGGCGAUCCCGGCCAGCUUGUAGAGAUGUUCUUUGUCGCUCGACUCCUCUACAAGGGCGCGCAAGGCGCUGUCCUGCUGGGCGAGCAACGCUUCAGGCCGGUCGAAUUCCAC